GACCUCUUUUUGAAUCAUUAGUACUUGACUCAUUCAAGCAUCAUGAGAGUCCUGAGAUAAUGACUGCUUCCGAAAUCUCCCAUUCUCUGCCCCCGACAAGGGACUAGGGUAUAUCCUCAAGCCUCCAGUCGUAAGCGGCAGCGCAUCACCGUCCAACAGCACUAGAAAAUGGCACGGAGAUCUAUUGCCCUUGCUAGUUAUGCCUUCUGCUUGAUGCUUCUUACCGCUUUCCUAUGGCUAUGCUUCUUUGUUGAAAGCCCUGCUCAAGUACAUUUGCUUCCUGCCACGUCUCAGGAUGAACGUGGUCGUCCUGAUGUGGCUGCGCCAGGGGAGUACUUACUGGGGGUUGGGAAGGCAGAUAUCACAGGUCCCGUUGUCGAGAUCAACUUGAUGGGAUACGCCGACUCAGAUCAAUCAGGAACCGGGCUGAGACAACGCAUCUACUGCAGAGCCUUCAUAGUGGGCAGCCUGACGAACAACUCCUCCCGAAUUGCCUACCUUGUCCUCGAUACCCAGUCUGGAGAUAUAGCUGUCCGACACGGAAUAUUGGAAGAGCUAAAGAAGUUGGGCCCUGAGUAUGAAGUGUACAACAAGGAUACUCUUGCUGUUACAGGCACACAUAGCCACAGCGGGCCAGGAGCCUGGCUGAACUAUCUCCUGCCACAAAUCACAAGCAAAGGAUUUGACAAGAGAAGCUACGGAGCUAUUGUCACGGGCUCGGUCCUUGCGAUAAAAAGGGCCCAUGCCAGUCUUGCACCAGGUCAUCUGAGUUUGGGCCAGCAGAAAGUUGAAAACGCCAAUGUCAAUCGGAGCCCAUAUGCAUAUCUGCAGAAUCCAAAGACGGAACGAAGUCAGUACACUGAAGAUGUUGACACAACCAUGACCCUCAUGAAGUUCGAGAGGGCAUCAGAUGGCUUGUCAAUGGGUGUUUUAUCUUGGUUCCCAGUCCAUGGCACUUCGCUUUACCAAAACAACACUCUUAUCACUGGGGACAACAAGGGUGUGGCGGCGUACCUUCUUGAACAAUAUAUGCAAGAGCAGAAUCCUGCCUUCGUUGCUGGCUUCUCUCAAGCAAACGUUGGCGAUACAUCUCCCAACACCUUGGGUGCGUUCUGCGAAGACACUGGCCUCUCAUGUUCUUUCAACGAUAGUACAUGCGGCGGCCGCACUCAGCCGUGUCAUGGACGUGGCCCUAUGUUCUCGAGUCUGGAUCAAGGCACCAAAUCCUGCCUCGAAAUUGGCAGCCGUCAAAUGACAGCAUCCAGAGACCUCCUAGUUAGCGACAGUCUAGAACGAAUCCCAGCAUCAACAGUGUCAUUCUUCCAUACAUACGCCAAUUUCUCGUCGUUCGUCUUUACUUCGCCGUUCAAUCGAUCUCGGCAGCUGAAGACGUGCUCCGCAGCACUGGGAUACGGGUUUGCAGGAGGGACUACAGAUGGUCCUGGCGCUUUUGAUUUCUCCCAGGGCACAAAUGACUCGGACGACUCGCCGUCACUCAAGAAUCCUCUUUGGAAGUUUGCAAGAGGCUUCGUUCACGAACCAACAGACGAGCAAAUUGCCUGCCAGAAACCCAAACCCAUCCUGCUCGAUGUAGGUCAAGCAGAUGAUCCUUAUGCCUGGACACCCAAUAUCGUCGACAUCCAACUCCUGCGUAUCGGCCCACUCAUCAUUAUCGUGUCUCCAGGUGAAGCCACAACAAUGUCAGGCCGGCGCUGGCGCAAUGCCCUGGCAGACGCGGCUCCAUCCAUGUUGGGUAUUGACAAACCCCGAGUCGUCAUUGGCGGCCCCGCCAACACCUACGCCCACUAUAUAGCAACAGAGGAAGAAUACGGCGUACAACGAUACGAAGGCGCAAGCACUCUAUAUGGCCCACAUACGCUUGAAGCCUACAUCAACCUCACCCUCACAUACCUUCCGUAUUUGGGUUCCGAGAACGAAACCUCGCAUCUGCGCCGUCUCCCCGAUGGUCCUAGCCCACCUAUUAACGUCAACGUGUCACUUUCGUUCAUCACGCCGGUCGUCGUGGACAAUCCAGGCUUCUUCCGGAAAUUCGGAGCAACGUUGUCGUCUCCCGACCCAGAAAAGCACCACACUCCAGGCUCAACAGUCAAAGCUAGCUUCGUUGGUGCCAAUCCACGCAACAAUUUCCGCCUCGAAGGGACAUUUGCCGCUGUAGAAAAAUUCGACCCCGCGCAGGGCCGAUGGGUCCAAGUCCGCUCUGAUCGAGACUGGUUUCUCGUGUAUAAAUGGAAUCGAACGAGUACAGCCCUAGGUACCAGCGAAGUCAGUAUCGAAUGGGAGAUCGAGUCCGGUACGCAGGCUGGCAUGUACCGCUUCAAGUACUAUGGAGACGCAAAGGCACUAAAUGGGCACAUUACUGCCUUUGAGGGAACGAGCAGAGUGUUCAAUGUCGCUGGCGAUGAGAACAACGAUAACAACACGGAUGGGCGGGCUUCUGGGGAAGAACUUGUUCGUUUCUGAGAAUGAUACCACUUGUAGAAUGAGCUUACGAAAUGUAUGAAUAGGCAAUUGACAAGCGAUGACCUUCUGAAUAGCAGUAGCAUGCUAGACGCUGGAUUCCUCUGGCAUUUGCUAUUUCUGAUUGUGUGCUUGUGCUUGUGGAAUGUACUAUGAUUUUUACUCCUC